AUGCCUGCCGUGAAUGGACGGCGGGCCGCUCGCCUCAAUGAAGCCACGCUUACGCCCGAGUAUCGUCGGCACUUGCGGGAGGCGGGCGUGUACAUACUCGGGCUGGUGGCGCUGCUGGGUGGGGCAUUGACUGUCCGUACGCCAGCGAGGGUCGUGGACCGUUUCCUAGAAGAAGCAGUGAACCACGCGUAUCAAAGUGGUGAGAAGCUUUACUGGAUCACACUGGGGGUGCUUAGUGUCCAACGGUCGUUCAGAUUGUCGGGGGCUUAUCUCAAGGCCACUUGGUCAGCGAUUAGAGCCUGGCGUUUGUUGCAACCCAUCAAGCCCCGCAUCCCGAUGACCAAGUACGUCAUGCAGUGUCUGCUGGUGGUAUGUUUGGCGCGUGGACAUGCUCUGGCGGGAAAAGCUAAAGAAGAGUGGUGGGGUGCUAUGCUAGGUUUCUGGUUGGCCUUCGUAGGGAUGAUGCGUCCGGGCGAGGUCGAUGCACUCCGUGUUCGUGAUCUUUGUUUUCCCGAGGCACCGGAGUUGGCGGAGGGGAUCGGGCUGGUGGUGUCGAUAAAGCAAGCCAAGACACGGCGUGUGUGGGCCAAGCAAUUUGUAGUAAUAGAUGUCCCUGAACUGGUUCAUUGGUGCACGUGGUGGACGUUGGGAAAGAGCGGAAAUGCACGUUUCUUGCCCAUGGGGCGACGCCGAUGGGCGCAGAUCCUGGCUGAGGGGAUGGAGAUCCUAGACUUGGCCGGAUGCGGCUUUACGCUCGGCUCCUUCCGAGGUGGCGGCGGCCGGAGACUCUCCGGCACUACCUUCAAGAUGCCUUGGGCAUUCAUGCGUUGGCCCAGGCCCCAAGCUCUGCCCGUGCCAAACUGCAGCAGGUGUAUGGGGAAGUUGGUCGUCUGUUGCGCCCGCCUCCCUUGGCUCGUGAAAGGCUUCUUCAGUAGACCGCCAACCCUUUCAGAAGGAACUGGCGGCAUGGAAGCGGAUCGGGAAGGCUCCUCUCGCCGGAAGACUUUCCUCCUCUCGCGCGGGGCUUCGCAAGGUGCGCGACAUGAGCCAGGCACACCAGGUGUGGGACGAGGCGCGCCCCGGCAUCGAGAUGCUGGCCCUUCAUCUAUGGAGCGGCCCGAAGCCGUCGCGGCAGCAGUCUUCAAGGCUGCGGAGUCAGCCGUGGACGGCUUGCAAGACCAGGAUGUGGGAAAUGGAAAAUCAGCAGCGGCUAUGUUGAGCACCCCGGAAUCCAGAGCAGUGGCCGCCAGGUGGAGGUCCGGCAACCCAGGUCGGCGUGUGACGGCAGCGUUGGCCCGGGCCAUGCAAGCCUUGCAGGAAUGGGCGGUGGGCGCCCCGCCUCAUGGUCAAGCUAGGCGCCAGCCGCCUGCGGUGGAACCGCUGCCAGUGCGUCGUGCAACGGCCACGACGGAAGCCAGGCCUCCUGCGGCCUCAUCGUGGCUUUCUUGGAUUGCGAGGUUGAGAUGGAGGACUAUCGCGGUCUUGCUGGCGGUGUUGCUGUUCCCUCGAGUAUGGGCUCUGAUGAUCGCCUUGGUUUUUCGCUUCUUGAGCCGAGCGCUGAUCAGCUUUGCGGCGCAUUUCGCGCGGGAGCUGUACACGCAGGCUGCCUUGGGAGCAGCCGAUGUGGAGCAACAAUUGGUGGACUGGCUGCAUGGGCAGCUGGGCUGGGCACCGCUUCAAAGCGCAGUGUCCCCGCCUACUUGUCCGAUGGGCCCUCUCCGCCGCCUCCUGUGCACCCGCCGCUGCAGGGGCCCAAUGCCCUCCCGACCCGCCCUGUGGAUGUCCUCAUGGUCCUGUUGCUCGGGCUUCAGCUUCGUCGCCAGCCGCCGCUGGUGGGGGGGGGUGGGGAUGCCAGAGGUUAAGAUCCAAUUUCCAUGA